AUGCCUUCAGAUAUCAAGCCAGCACUCAAGGGGACGCGGUUGAUCCAUGGUGACUCUGGGUUCGCAGGGCCAGAGGUUGCGCCCUCGAUUUCCGUUUCAACAACGUUCAGAGCUCCCCACCCAGAUGACGGCGCAAUUUCUUCAUAUGAGAUAGACCUGAGGAAUCCCUCUAGACAUGUCUAUUCGAGAUAUACGCAGCAAGUCAGCACUCGGGCUGAGCAUAUCCUCAGCGAGAUCAACCAUGGCUAUGCGUUGACAUACGCGUCUGGGCUAUCCGCUUCCUAUGCUGCCCUCGUAUUCUUUCAACCGAAACGCAUCGCAAUCACGGGCGGUUAUCAUGGAUGCCACAAUACCAUCGGGGUCUACAGGAAAUCCCGAAAUGCUGACAUUCCUAUUAUCGACUUAGACGACGAAUAUCAGCCUGGUGAUUUAUGUUGGUUAGAAACACCCCUCAACCCAACCGGGGAAUCUAGGGAUAUCAAGUACUAUGCUGAUAAAAUCCACAAGGUUGGGGGUAAAUUACUUGUUGACUCGACCUUUGGUCCACCACCAUUACAAUAUCCCUUCAAUUUUGGUGCAGAUUGUGUUCUCCACUCUGCAACUAAAUACUUCGGCGGCCACUCGGACAUGCUUGGAGGCGUUCUAAUUGUCAAGACCUCUCAAGAAUGGAGCACUCUUCACAACGACAGGACAUACAUAGGAAACACAAUGGGCUCAUUGGAGGCGUGGCUCCUUCUCCGCUCUCUGCGAACCCUCCACCUUCGCGUCCCUAGACAAUCUAAAACUGCUACCGCCUUGGCGCAGUGGCUCAAGGGAGCAGCUGGUACUCGAUCCUUCGAUGGUAUUCCUGGGGGUAUCAUUGAGAAAGUCUGGCACUCCUCGUUCCAAGGAAAGGACUCGCGCGGCUUCGACCCUGCGACCCAGAUGCAAGGCGGUUGGAACGCAACAUUCGCUCUGCUGCUCACCAAACCAGAAUACGCAUCAUUCCUCCCUCAUGAGCUGAAAUAUUUCGUGCCGGCAACUAGCCUGGGAGGCGUAGAAUCCCUUAUAGAGCACCGUAUCCAUUCAGACCCUGGCGCAGAUCCCCGACUUAUCAGGAUCAGCGUUGGUAUUGAAGAUCUUGAGGAUCUCAAGGACGAUCUCCGCGGUGCCUUCCAGAAGCUCCAUGCGACUAAGGCGAAAUUGUGA